AUGGACCUUAUCCAGGGGCUGAUACAGCAGCCAAAAGUCCAAUCCGCGGACGAAACCAUUCCAACACUGUGUGAUCGGGUCGAAAACUCCACUUUGAUCAAUGAUAGAAGGUCCGCUGUGCUUGGGUUGAAGGCGUUUAGUCGUCAGUAUAGAGAAUCUGUGAUUGCAUCAGGGUUGAAACCGUUGCUCAACACUUUGAAGCGUGAUUAUAUGGACGAAGAUUCAGUGAAGGCGAUCUUAGAGACAAUUUUAAUUCUUUUCAUUCGAGGCGAUGGUCAUGAUGAUCUAACUAGAGGAUGGAUUUCUCAACAAUCGCGGCUGCAAAAUGGGAAGUAUCCUUCACCAUUGGUGAUGAAACAAGAAAAGGAACAGGUAGACCAAUUCUCGCUAUGGAUCGCUGAUGCCUUGACACAAUCCGAAGAUUUAAUUCAUUUACUUGUUGAAUUUUGGGAAAUUGACAAUUUCCAUAUCAGAUUGUAUACAAUUCAAUUGUUAGAGGCCAUGAUGGCCACAAGGCCGUUGAAGGCGAGAAGUGCCUUGAUUUCGUUACCAACAAGUAUUUCUACUAUGGUUUCACUGUUAGAUGACAUGCACGAACCCAUUAGAGAUGAAGCUAUUUUAUUAUUGAUGGCGGUGGUCAACGAUUCCCCCCAUGUUCAAAAAUUAGUUGCUUUUGAGAAUAUUUUCGAAAGAUUGUUUUCCAUCAUCGAAGAGGAAGGUGGAUUAAGAGGCUCCCUUGUUGUCAAUGAUUGUUUGUCUUUGAUUAAUAACAUCCUCAAAUACAACACCUCAAACCAAACUCUAUUCCUGGAAACCGGCAAUUUGCCAAAACUGGCACACUUAUUGAGUGAACCAAUAUCUCAAGAUGAAGGCUUUUUCUGGAAUGACCAAAGAAUAAUAAAUAUAAACACGGCUUUGGAUAUUGUCAGUUUAACAGUGGAACCGGGAAACACUGUCACCUCUCAACACCAGAACGUCUUAUUCGAUUCAAGCGUCUUGAUGGUUGUAUUGCGUCUGGCAUUUUUUCACAACAUCCCCAAAAGGGUUAGACCUAUUGCGCUCUUAACCGCUGCAAACAUGAUCAGAAGUAACGAAUAUGCGCAGUUGGAAUUUAGCAAAAUUGACGUUCCUUAUUUUGAUCCUUCAUUACCAACAAACGCUACCGCAAAUGACGGCCCAGUUAAAUUAGUUCCUGUGAUAGAUAUUUUGAUCAAUUGGAUGCUUUAUGCUAAUUCUGUUCAUACAUUCGAUACAAGGGUUGCGUGUUCUAGAUUAUUAAAGGCUUAUCUUAUGGACAGUUUCGACAUUCAGAAAGAUUUCUUAUCACAUCAAGAGCAAUUGUAUAACCAACCUUCAACAACAAAUAGCCACGGUGCUAAAGAGAACGAUAUUUCUGAAAACGUUGAUGAAGAAGAAAGUGCAAAUGAAGAGAACAUAUCAGACACUAAGGGUGUGAGCCUUCUCAAGGCAAACUUAUUUGAAGUUUUACUAAAUUAUGAUACAGAAUUGAAUUUAAACCCUUUUAAAUUGUUUUUCACAACUGAUAUUUUCAUGUUUCUAUUCCAACAGGAACACAAAUCGAGUGAAGAACUACGUGAAAUUACAAGAAACGUUACUACCGGUAAUAAUCUUGACGACGAAGAACCCUUAAAGGCUAUUCAAACAAUAAGUGAACUAUUGACUACUUCCCUUACUGCUGCUGACAUCAGAAUUCCCAUCUCUUAUUUGACUUUCUUGAUAUAUUGGCUAUUUGGUGAUUUUAAGGCUACCAAUGAUUUUCUGUCAGAUAAAUCGGUAAUCAAGUCCUUGCUCUCCUUUUCUUACCAAAUCCAGGAUGAAGAUAUCACGAUUAAAUGUCUUGUAACAAUGUUACUGGGUGUUGGCUACGAGUUUUCAUCCAAAGAAUCUCCAUUUCCAAGAAAAGAAUACUUCGAAUUCAUUACUAAAAGUUUAGGAAAAGACAAUUAUGCUUCCCGCAUCAAACAAUUUAAAAAGGAUUCUUUUUUCUCAGAAAUUGACCAAAACGAAGAUAGUAUACUGACUCCGGAGCUUGAUGAAACUGGUUUGCCCAGAGUGUAUUUCAGUACUUAUUUCAUACAUUUAUUCAAUGAAAACAUGUAUAGAAUCAGAACCGCAUUGUCACACAACCCAGACGAGGAACCAAUCAGUAAAAUUUCAUUUGAAGAAGUUGAGGAGCUACAAAAUCAAUGCGCAAAACUGAAAAGUGAACUAGGAUCCUUGCAAGCUGAAACCAAGACCACGAAUGAGGAUCUCACUGAAAAAUUGGAGACUUUAUCUAAAGAACAUGAAGAAUUAAUAGAAAAAUACCAAUCACUAACCUCUUCACAUGUGUCAUUGAAAGAAAACGUUUCUGGUUUAGAAAUUGAACUAAAAAGUAUUACGGAAUCCUUAAAUGAAAUGACCAAUUCAAGAGAUGCACUCGAAACGAAGGAUAAAGAGAAUUAUUUUGCCUUACAAGAGUACAAAGGCAUGAUUCACAAACAGGAGGAGGCCAUUAGAAUUUUGGAAAAGGAACUUGAAACCAUUUCUUCUCAAAAGAAGAAAGCAGAAGAUGGUAUAAACAAAAUGGGUAAAGACUUAUUCGCUUUAAGCAGAGAGAAACAAGCGGUGGAGGAAAAACAGAGAAGCCUACAAAAGGAAAAGGAUAAAAGUGAUAGUGAUCAUCAAAAAGAGAAUAAACUGCUAAAAGAUGAGAUUACUAGAAAAAUAACUGAAAUAAAGACACUAAAUGAAAACCUAGUAAAAACAAAAACCCAGUACAGUGCUUUGUCAGAAGAAAAGGAACAAACUUCGAAAGAACUUGUCGAGUACAAAUCGCGGUUCCAAAGUCAUGAUAAUCUGGUUACAAAACUAACAGAAAAGCUUAAAUCUCUAGCGAAUAAUUAUAGGGACUUGCAAGCCAAGCAUGAAUUACUAAUGAAAUCCACAGAAGAAACCAAGAGUGAAAGUAACACGCAACUAUCCAACCUGCAGGACGAAUAUGAUUCUUUAUCACGGGAAAAGGAAAAUUUUCAAACUGAAAAAGAUCAUCUUACAGAUGAUAUUAAAGAAUUAAAAGAAACCAUUUCCAGAUUAGAACACAAAAACGAAGAAACUAUCUCAAAGUACAAUUCUGAAAAGGAUGAGUAUGAGUCACAAAUUAACCAGUUGAGAGAACAGUUGAAAAGCGCAACUACCACACAGGAUGACAAUGUGAAUAAAAUUUCUGAGUUAUCUAAAGAUAUUAAAAACUUGGAAACGACACUGGAAACUUGCGAAAAUUCUAAACAUGAUCUCCAAACAAAACUUGAAGCUUCAGAAAAGACUUUGGCGGAAAUGCACGAAAACGAGGAGCACUUAAAGGAAGAGAAAAAUCAACUGGAAAAAGAGGUCGCUAAUACCAAGAAACAACUCAAUACUUUGCGUGGCAAUUUUGAGUCAUUAGAAAGCGAACACAAAGAUUCGAUAUCUCAAGUGAGAGAGUAUGAGAAACAAAUCACUGACAAAGAAAAGGAAUAUAAUAAAAAUAUUUCAAAACUGAACGACGAGAUCAGGGCUAUUCAACAAGAAAAUGAAGCACUAUGCCAAAACAACGACAAUUUAAAGAACGAAAUUGAAGAAGUUAAACAAACCUUGGAAGAACAGUUAAACUUGAAAGAGUCCAGGAUGGAAGCUUUAAAUUUUCAAAUACAAGAUCUCAAAGUAAAGAACCAAUCUAGUGAAGCCGAGUUAUCGGAGUCGGUGAAGAAUAAGGAAAUUGAAACAGAAAAGAUGAUAGAAUUACAAAAAGAAUGUAACUCCAGAAAAGAGAAAAUUAGUGAAUUAGAAGAGAAACUGAAAACUUUAGAAGUAAGAAAUUCUCAUAAUUUAGAACUGCUAAAAGAAUCAGAAGAGGCUGAAAAUGAAUUAAAAGAGGCUAAAAAGGAAUUGGAAAUUAGAACAAACGAGGUAAAAAAUCAAUCAGAGAAAAUCGCGAAUUUAGACAAGCUCAACGAGAAAACAGGAGCUGAGCUAUGUCGGUUGAAAAAGACAUUUACUGAUGAAAAAAGAAACUUAGAAGAGCAGUUGGGGAAACUAAGAAACGAAAUAAAAAUCAAAAGCCAAGCAUUCGAAAAGGAAAGAAAGUUACUCAAUGAGGGUUCAUCAACAAUUACCCAAGAAUAUUCUGAAAAGAUCAACAUGCUGGAAGACCAAUUAAAUAAAAUGGAAAAUGAGAGCGAAUCAAAAACAAGACUAAUUGAUACAAGUAGGAGUGACCUGGAGAAAGCCACUUUGAGCCAUGAUGAAAUUUUAGAAGAAAAGCGGAAUGAGAUUAAUAAAAUGAAAGAUGAAAUUCUCUCAUACAAAGAAAAGAUAAAUGAAGCAAACACGAAACUACUAUCAACGGAACAAGCACAUGAAAAUGGGUUAAAUAGUUUGAAGGAACAACUUGAGGCUAUUCAAGAAUCUAAAUCCGAGGUUGAAAGGAGAUUGAAGGACAUGGAGGAAGAAUCUGCUCACCUCAAAUCAGAUUUAAAAAAAUCAAAAGAAACUGCGAAAGACUUAAAAAGUGACAUUGAAAACAAUGAAAAAAGAAUAGAACUUUUAGUAAAGAGUGGGAAGGAAUCUGAUGAGAAGUUUAAACAGUAUAAAGAAAUUAGUCAGGUAGACAUUAAAGAGUUGCAAGAUGAAAAGACUGAUUUGGAAUCUCAAAUCGUAGAAUUCAGAAAAAAAAUCGAAGAGCUACAAGUGAAACUGAAAGACGAAGCAGAAUCUAACAGUAAGAUAGAGACCAUACAGCAAGAGCUAACUAAUGCUUAUGAGAAAAUAAGAGUUAAUGAAGAAGAAAAUGUAUUAUUAAACUCCAAACUGAAAAAUUUAGAAUGCAAUUUAAGAGAUAAUCAAGACGAGAUACAGAGCACUAAGGAAAAGAACGAAUCAUUGGAUUCUUACUUGAAAGAUCUGAAGCAGGAGUUGACUGACGCUCAACAAAAGGCUAAAGAAUGCGAAGAAAAGAGUAAAACGGAAAUUGAACAACUUCAAGCAGAAGCGUCUCGAUCUCAUGAAAUUGCCAAACAACUUGAAUUAAAAUACAGUAACCUUGCAACGGAAGAGCAAACUUGGAAAAGAAAUGAAGAAGCUAUCAAAAAAUCCACUGACUCUCAGAAAACUGAAAUUGAAAAAUUAGUUGAAGAGUUGGAGAGAUUGAAUUCAGAAAACGCACAGUUAAAAGAAGCGAAUGAAGAUCGCUCGGAAAUUGAUGACUUAAUGCUUUUGGUUACCGAUUUGGACGAAAAGAAUACCAAAUAUCGCUCAAAGUUGGAAGACUUAGGUGUUGAGCUCAGCUCUGAAGAUGAUGACGAAGACGAAGACGAUGAAGACGAAGAAGAAUAG